CUCUUUUGUAGAAACCAAAACCCUAAACCCUGCCGGCUGCUAAGUAUCCCUCCUCCGAUGUUGAUGGCCAACGAAUUGCCUGAAGAAUUGGUGACAGAGAUUCUACUAUGCCUUCCAGUCGUCUCUCUCUUGCGAUUCAAAUGCGUCUGCAAAUCCUGGUACGCUCUCAUUACUCACCAAAACUUCAUCAGAGAACACCUCCUACACAACAAGAACAGCAACACCCUCCUCUUUCUCUGGCAAACUACCAGAGAUACAGUUGUAUCAACGCUUUCUUAUGAAACACUCCAAGUAUCCCUUACACAACCUCUACGUCUACCGUUUACUGAGGUCAGAAACUUCGUGGGUUCUUGCGAUGGUCUUGUUUGUCUCAGCGAUUACAAUGCAUUGAAUGUUUUCAUAUGGAACCCUGCAACUAAAGAAACAAAGGUUGUUCCCAAUUCAAGCCUGUCCCGAUUCUCCAAUGAUUAUCGUAUCAAGUCUGGUAUCGGAUUUGGUUUUGAUGCCAAAACUAGUGACUACAAGAUAAUAAAAUUUUUUAGUCUCUUUGAUCCCAACGAAAGUUACUAUUAUGAAGGCAAUGCCCCCCGUUAUAGAUUAAGUGAGGUAUAUAGCUUAAGUAGCGAUUCUUGGAGAAAAGUUGAUAGCCGCCCAGAUUUAAUUAAUGUUAGGGCUAUUGAUACAUACACCAAUGGGAUGGCUUCUUGGGAGGCAUGUUUUGAUGUUUGGAAGGGGGUUUUGUCAUUUGACAUGAGCGGCGAGGUAUUUCUAAAAACGCCGCUGCCAGUUGAUGUUGAUGAUGUUUUGAAUAGUCCUGGUUGGAAAAACUUUUUUGUGUUGAAUGAAUCGAUUGCUAUGGCAUUUUGGAGUGGGGAUAAAGAAUUGUUGGAGAUGUGCUGUGAUAUAUGGUUGUUGCUUGAUGUUGGUGUUAAGGACUCCUGGACUAGGCUUUUCACUAUUGGACCAAUUACAGGAAUUGAACGACCCUUAACUUGGGGAGGACCCUUAAGAUUUUGGAAGAAUGACGCCAUGUUCUGCACAACAAAUUACAGAUUUGCCUUGUACAACCCCUUUACCAAAGAAAGGACUAAUCUCCCAAUUCCUAGCUAUAGCUGCUCGGUUACUUACAUGGAGACCCUAAUUUCUAUCAAGGGAGGAAAUUAAUUUUAAGAGCCAUCUUUCUAUAUCUCUUCCAAGUGUGUUUCAGGCAGCAUACAUGUGCUGAGCUUAUUCUUGUCAAAUGAUGUAUUUCUCAAAUAUUUUAACUCGUACCUCUUUGGGAGCAAUGGUGAGAGAAUUUUAAGAUUAAUAAAUAACACAUAUGUUUUUUUUACA